UUCACCUCUCUUCCAGAGACAGAGAAAGAGAACGGAAGAGCCUGCCCCAUAAGAUCCUUGACUCUCUCUCUUCCUCUCUCUUUCUCUCUCUUAGCCGAACACAGACAAAAGCCAGAAGACUCCAUCUCCCUUUCUCUAUCUUUCGCCAUGAUCUCAUUCAACAGAAGCAUUUUUCUGCAGAGCCACUGCAGCGAAAGCUACAUCAACGAAAUACCAUUGUCUGCUAUAUCUUCUUCGCCUUCUCCUUCUUCUUCUUCUUCUUCUUCUUCUUCUUGUUCUAGGUUUGCUCGUUCGCAGAGGAGGGUGGUUUUGUGCUGCUGCAGCCAAGGGACAGGGAGAGGAGAGAUAAAGAUCAGGGCUUUGAUGGAGAGCACUUUGAAGGAGAUCAGGGAUGGGGCCUCUGUCCUGGAUAUGGAUCCGAAGUCCACCGUUGGUGGAGGGGUUGAGGAUGUGUAUGGUGAGGAUCGUGCCACGGAGGAUCAGCUCGUGACCCCGUGGACCAUCUCUGUUGCAAGUGGGUAUUCUUUGUUGAGAGAUCCACGCCACAACAAAGGGCUCGCCUUCACUGAGAAAGAGAGAGAUGCUCACUACCUGCGAGGCCUUCUACCUCCUGCGGUUGCAACUCAAGAACUUCAGGAAAAGAAGAUCAUGCACAAUCUCCGCCAAUAUCAAGUACCAUUGCAAAGGUACAUGGCGAUGAUGGAUCUUCAGGAGAGGAAUGAAAGGCUAUUCUACAAGCUUCUCAUUGAUAAUGUUGAGGAAUUGCUUCCAGUUGUAUACACGCCCACAGUUGGUGAGGCCUGCCAGAAAUAUGGGAGUAUUUUCAGGCGUCCGCAGGGUCUUUACAUCAGCUUGAAAGAGAAGGGAAAGAUUCUCGAGGUAUUAAAGAACUGGCCUGAAAAGAGCAUUCAAGUUAUUGUUGUCACUGAUGGUGAGCGUAUUUUGGGGCUAGGAGAUCUUGGCUGCCAGGGCAUGGGAAUACCUGUCGGCAAGCUUGCUCUAUAUACAGCACUCGGAGGGCUUCGUCCUUCUGCAUGCUUGCCUAUCACAAUUGAUGUGGGAACAAACAAUGAGAAUUUGUUGAAGGAUGACUUCUAUAUUGGGCUUAGGCAAAAGCGGGCAACUGGCAAGGAAUAUGCUGACCUUCUCCAUGAAUUCAUGUGUGCUGUUAAGCAGAACUAUGGAGAGAAAGUCCUCGUACAGUUUGAAGAUUUUGCUAACCACAAUGCGUUCGAAUUGCUAGCGAAGUAUGGCACGACCCAUCUUGUUUUCAAUGAUGAUAUACAGGGGACGGCAUCUGUGGUCCUCGCCGGGCUUGUUGCAGCAUUGAAGUUGGUUGGUGGAACCUUGGCUGAGCAUACUUUCUUAUUCCUCGGUGCUGGUGAGGCUGGAACUGGUAUAGCAGAACUCAUUGCUCUUGAGAUGUCAAAACAGACAAAAGCUCCAUUGGAAGAGACCCGCAAGAAGAUUUGGCUUGUGGACUCUAAGGGAUUGAUUGUUAGCUCCCGCAAGGAGUCACUGCAACACUUCAAGAAGCCAUGGGCUCAUGAGCACGAACCAGUUAACACGCUUGAGGAUGCUGUCAAGGCAAUUAAACCAACUGUACUGAUCGGGACAUCUGGCGUUGGAAGAACUUUCACGAAGGAAGUGGUUGAGGCCAUGGCUUCCUUUAACGAGAAACCUAUUAUUCUUGCUCUCUCAAAUCCAACCUCACAAUCUGAGUGUACAGCUGAGGAAGCCUACACAUGGACUAAGGGUCGUGCGAUUUUUGCUAGUGGGAGCCCAUUUGACCCUGUCGAAUAUAAUGGGAAGAUCAUUGUGCCAGGCCAGUCAAACAAUGCAUACAUUUUCCCUGGAUUUGGUCUGGGUUUAGUGAUCUCGGGAGCAAUCCGCGUGCAUGAUGAGAUGCUUCUGGCAGCUUCUGAGGCUUUGGCUAAACAGGUCACAAAGGAGAACAUCGAGAAAGGGCAAAUCUAUCCUCCAUUCACGAAUAUCAGGAAAAUCUCUGCUCAUAUAGCUGCUAAUGUGGCUGCUAAAGCAUAUGAGCUUGGACUGGCUACCCGCCUCCCUCGACCACAGGAUCUAGUAAAAUAUGCAGAGAGCUGCAUGUACGGCCCCAUUUACCGAAGCUACCGAUAGACCUGCAGUUUUGUAGCCUUUUUAGUAUGUUUCUAAUGAUGUUAUUAUCUAUUAUGGUUGGUGCACGGAGUUUGGUUUUCUCUCCUUUGCUUGUUUGUUGUUGUAAGUGUAGUAGUUUUUCUUUGCUUGGGAUGGUUUAUUUAAAGUAGAUAGGUUUUUACUUUAUGAAGGUCAAUACUGUUUUGGAUAUUGUGGUGUGGGUUUAAACUCAGGAAAUGAUGUCAACGUCUUUAAUAUCAAAUAAAUGUAGUCCUACAA